CCGAGGGGGGCCCGGGGUGGCGGUUGCCCUGCCCACUGGAAGGCGCUGCCGGAGACGGUUCGGCCCUUCACAGCUCUGUUCAUGAUAUACAACAGCCUCACCACCCGCAAGGCACUGCGUGGCAGGCACGCACACACCCCUUUCUUUAUGCCAGUCCUCAGGGUGCCGUUGGCUGAACUGCUGUAAAUUCUCCGAGGAUUCACAUGCCGGACUCAGAAUAACGGUGGCUGAAGGCAAGGAAAGGGAGAGGUUUGCCGGGAAGCCAAUAUGGCAGUCUGUUUGGACAGCAGGGAUGGCAGGGGGUGGUGGGUGGGGGCCCAGUCUGGGCAGAGAACAGAAAAACACACCCACCCCCGUCUGAUGCUGCAUCUGAGGCUGUCCUGCCUUCAGAGGUUCAUCAUCAGUUUUGCUUCAAGUGUCCCCAGUGCUGGCUAAAUGAGAGUGGCAGGAGGGUGGCCCCAUCGCUCAUUGGCCGCAGAAGUGGAGGAGAAGGUUCGUCGUCAUCUCAGGAGACUUGAGCCUCAUUACUUUGCUUGGCAAAGGAUCUCUGUGCUGGAAGCAGCGCAGCUUUUUCCCGCUCAGGACGUGGAGCUGAGAUUCCAGGACCGUCCCCAGACUCUGCUGGGUGGGGAGUCGCCCCACUGAGUUCAGCAUGGAGGAUUCCCCUGCCCGGAGGCCCCCGAGCCCAGGAGGCCUCACCUACGCGAUGGCCGCUUCACAGAUCCUGGGCCUCGCUGUGAUCACCAUGACAGGGGCCUGGAUGGGCCACUACCAGGGAGGCAUCGCGUGGGAGAACUCAAAAUUGCAGUUCAACGUCCACCCGCUGUGCAUGGUCAUUGGGAUGGUCUUCCUGCAAGGGGAUGCCCUCCUGGUCUAUCGGGUCUUCAGGAACGAGAGCAAGCGCUCCACCAAGAUCCUGCAUGGGCUCCUCCAUGCCCUUGCGCUCGUCAUUGCGCUAGUUGGCCUGGUUGCCAUUUUCCAGUACCACAAGAAGCAGGGCUUUCCGGACAUGUACAGCGUGCACAGCUGGUGUGGCAUCCUGGCUUUCGGCUUCUACUUCAUACAGUGGCUGCUUGGCUUGUGCUUCUUCCUCUUCCCCGGCGCAUCGUUCUCACUCCGCAGCAGAUACAAGCCCCAGCACGUCUUCUUCGGAGCCGCCAUCCUCAUCCUGUCCAUCGCCACCGCCCUGCUGGGCAUCCUCGAGGUCCUGCUCUUCAAAAUAAAAAAGAAAUGGAAUCAUUUCACCCUUGUGAGAGGCAGAUGUCAACAUCAGCUUUCUUUGACUAGGCUUAAGAAGCAGAGUGACACCUACAGUUCCUUUGCGCCCGAAGGAGUCCUUGCCAAUGUCUUGGGCCUGCUGCUGGUUGCUUUUGGGACAGUUGUGGGCUACAUCCUGACCCGGGAGGAGUGGCAGAGGCCCCCCUUGGCCGAGGAGCUGGCGCUGUCCAUGGAUUUCAAAACCCUCACAGAAGAGGGCAGCCCAGCAAGCUCCCGCUGACGGCUGCUGCCCCCGCCCCCAUGCCUUGUGCUUUGAGGAUCUGUGUCUCUGUGCAUCUCACUUCUCCUCCAGCAGUGCAGCUGCCGCGUUCCCUGCUGCACACGCGUAAGCAAGCCCUCCCUCUGUCGCCACCAUCGCCGCCCUCUGCUCCCUAGAGCACUGUUUUCCAUACCAGUUCCCCCAACAGCCACUGCAAAUGCAUCUUCCAUCCCUGCUCUGCAGGGAUGUUGUGCUAUUUUCCCUGUGGGAAGAUAAUUCUUCAGGGCUCCCACUUUUCCCUCUGGAAGCUGCUCCUUUCUUCUUCCUCAGUGUUCAUUUGCUGCCAUGUCGUUAAUGCCAGAUUGACAAAGAGCUCGGGGGGGGCUCCCCAAAGGGGCCUGGUGAAAACACCCAGAAGAAGUUCCAGUGUGGGGAUGGCAGCUGCAGAUUCUAUCCAGCUUGAGACUGUGAGAGGUGGGUCAAUAAAAAAUAAAAUUCGUGAGUGGUUUUUGGCACACACCCUCCUUCAAUUUUGUUUUUGAGAUGUUUUUAAGUGCUUUUAGUGCUUUUGUUUGGCUCCUUUUAGGAGGAAGGGCAGGAUAUAAAUUUAAAAAUUAAUAAAUUAAUGAUAGAUUUAAAUAAUCCUGAAUACAUGUAGAGUUUCUCCUGUUUCCAUAGCACUGAUGAAACUCAACAUCUGGGAGAAGCUAGAGGCAAGAAUGUUGGUUUUGCUAUGAAAACAUCUCUUUCUCUACCAGCUGAGAUAUGACUGAAAUGUUUGGUCUUUUCCACUCCAGAAAGCCUGGAAGAUGACAAUUGCUUGGUCUGUUUGCUGAGGCUUGGGUGGAGGACUUUCCUCUGACCCAAAACUGUGCUCGGAGCUUCUUGUGGUGCUUUGCUGGACAGGAAAGUUCAACUAUAUAUAGUUGUAGGGUUUGAAGCACCCCAAACACACUACAGGAGGGUUUGAAAAAUCUUUGGAAGAAAAAGGUGGGACAUUAUCCUAUGGAAGCUUCUGAACUGAAUGCAUCAGGUGGUGUAAUAUUAGGCCAGAUAUAAGGAUGACUUAGCUAGGGGUGAGGACCACUUUGGACACCUGAUAGGCAUUAUAAGAAUACUCAUAUUAUGAGUAAAUUAUUUAUUUUCCUGGGGACUUCUUGAGUUUAGUUCAGGUUUUGUUUUUCACUGCAAGCAUCACAAAUUGCACACCAAAAGAUAGUUAACAAAAUCAAAGGGGAAAUAAUCCAGUUCCUGUAACUAAAACAUUGAUGUAAAUGUUGCCUUAAUACAAAUCAACUGUCUCUCGUAAUGAGCAGUAUAUAUUGUUUGGUGGAUGAGAUGGAUUUAAAUAAAUAUUUGCUGCAAAAACGAAAA